UUCGCCCUAGGGUUUCUGUUUUUCUGCUGCCCCGCAAAUUCCCCAAUUCUUCAUCUCUUUCUUUCAAUCUCUUCAACACUACUGGAGAGGUCAUUGUUUAGCUGUUUCUGAAUUCUGACUUCGAAUUGGCAGUGUGUCGAUUCUUGGAACAGUCUGGGUUUGGUUUGAUUCCUUUCUCGUUUAGGGUUUCAGUCAGCUGUUGAAUGGGUGAGUGUAAUCCGAUCGGGAGCUGUCUGAUCUUGUGUGCUUGCCGUUACCGCCGGUAAUUAGGGGCGGUGGUCCCCUUUGUAUGGAAACUCGGAGCCGGAAGCGGGCGGAGGCCUCCUCAACUGCCCCUUCUUCUUCAUCCGGUCCUACCACUCGUUCCCACAAGCGCGCUCGCCUCUCCUCUUCCCCUGUUGUCAGUUCCCCUCCUGUCCGUUCACGCUCUUCUCGUGCCGCAGCUGCAAUGGACCCGACCAAUAAUGACUCCUUCUUCAGCUCCCGCCGUGAUCGUCGUUCCAACAAAAAUAAUCAGAAUCAGAGUACGAGUGAUAAUCCUAAUCCGCCCUCUGAUAAGGGUAAGGAAAAGGAACACGAUCUCAGGAUGAGAGAGAGAGAGAGAGAUCACGCCAACAGUAAUAAUCAUCCCGAGCGUGGUUUGGGAUUGAAUUUGGAUGCAUCUGGUGACGACGAUGAUAAUGACAGUGAGGGUGGUGGAGGGAUUUUGCCGUCAGCUAGCAGCGCCCUUCAAGGGCUGUUAAGGAAGCUGGGUGCUGGACUGGAUGAUUUGUUGCCGUCCUCGGGAAUUGGGUCUGCAUCCUCUUCACACCAGAGCGGUAGGUUGAAGAAGAUUCUGACUGGAUUGCGUGCAGAAGGAGAGGAAGGUAGGCAAGUGGAGGCGUUAACGCAGCUCUGUGAACUGCUCUCAAUUGGGACUGAGGACUCACUAAGCACCUUCUCUGUGGAUUCCUUUGUUCCUGUGCUUGUGGGAUUGCUUAAUCGUGAAAGCAAUCCGGAUAUAAUGCUUCUAGCUGCAAGGGCACUCACUCAUUUGUGUGACGUGUUGCCUUCUUCAUGUGCUGCCGUUGUUCACUAUAAUGUUGUUUCGUGCUUCUGUGCAAGGCUGCUAACCAUAGAGUAUAUGGACUUGGCUGAGCAGUCUCUGCAAGCUCUGAAAAAGAUAUCUCAGGAACACCCAACUGCCUGUUUGAGAGGAGGUGCUCUUAUGGCUGUGCUUUCCUAUCUUGACUUCUUCUCAACUGGAGUUCAGCGAGUGGCACUAUCAACUGCUGCAAAUAUGUGCAAGAAACUCCCUUCAGAUGCAGCUGAUUAUGUCAUGGAAGCUGUACCACUAUUAACAAACCUUCUGCAAUAUCAUGAUUCAAAGGUCCUGGAACACGCUUCUGUCUGUUUGACCCGCAUUGCUGAAGCAUUUGCAUCAUCACCAGAUAAAUUGGAUGAGCUCUGCAAUCAUGGAUUGGUAACUCAAGCUGCAUCUCUUGUUUCUAUCAGUAAUUCAGGAGGUGGACAAGCAUCUCUUAGCACGCCAACGUAUACGGGCUUAAUUCGAUUGCUGUCAGCAUGUGCAAGUGGGUCCCCACUGGGAGCCAAAACUUUGCUUCUGCUUGGAAUCAGUGGUAUACUAAAAGAUAUUCUGUCGGGUUCUGGUGUUUCUGCUAAUGCAUCUAUUCCUCCAGCUUUGAGUAGACCAGCAGAGCAGAUUUUUGAGAUUGUUAACCUGGCAAAUGAGCUUCUUCCCCCUUUGCCACAAGGAACCAUCUCCCUUCCUACCAGCUCCAGCAUAUUUGUGAAAGGCCCUCUUCUGAAAAAGUCCCCUGGUAGCAGUGUUGGGAAACAAGAAGACGCAAAUGGAAAUGCUCCUGAGAUUUCAGCUCGCGAGAAAUUGUUAAGUGACCAGCCUGAGCUCCUGCAACAGUUUGGGAUGGAUCUGCUUCCUGUUCUAAUACAGAUAUAUGGUUCCAGCGUUAAUGGUCCAGUUCGGCACAAGUGUCUCUCAGUUAUUGGUAAACUGAUGUAUUUCAGCACACCAGAGAUGAUCCAGUCUUUGUUAAACGUGACAAACAUAUCAAGUUUCUUAGCUGGUGUUUUAGCAUGGAAAGACCCACAUGUCUUGGUUCCUGCCCUCCAAAUUGCUGAGAUUCUUAUGGAAAAGCUUCCUGGAACAUUCUCAAAAAUGUUUGUCCGAGAGGGUGUGGUUCAUGCUGUGGACCAACUUAUAUUGGUUGGCAAUCCAAAUACCACAACUGCUCAAGCAUCUUCUGUUGAUAAGGAUAAUGAUUGUAUAACUGGAACAUCUUCACGUUCUAGGCGUUAUAGGCGACGAAGUGGUAACUCUAAUCCUGAAGGUUCCACAGAGGAGUCUAAGAAUCCUGUCUCUGUAAAUGUUGGUUCUUCACCAAGUUCAGUAGAAAUUCCUACUGUUAAUUCAAAUCUUCGAACAUCAGUAAGUUCAUGUGCUAAAGCAUUCAAGGACAAGUAUUUCCCUUCUGAUCCUGGAACUGUUGAAGUUGGAAUGACAGAUGAUCUGUUACAUUUAAAGAAUCUUUGCAUGAAGUUAAAUGAUGGUAUUGAUGAUCAAAAAACUAAAGCUAAGGGAAAAUCUAAAACUUCGGGGUCUCGCUUCUCUGAGUUCUCUGCAAGCAAGGAGGACUACUUGAUUGGGGUGAUAUCGGAGAUGCUAGGAGAACUAAGCAAAGGGGAUGGUGUAUCUACUUUUGAGUUCAUUGGUAGUGGGGUUGUUGCAGCUUUGUUAAAUUAUUUUUCUUGUGGUUGCUUCUCCAAGGAAAGAAUUUCAGAAGCAAAUCUACCAAAGCUUCGCCAGCAAGCACUUAAGAGAUUUAAAUCAUUUAUUGGGGUUGCACUACCUUCCAGCAUGAAUGAGGGAAGUGUGGCUUCUAUGACUGUGUUAGUUGAGAAGCUUCAGAAUGCUUUGUCUUCUUUAGAGCGUUUCCCUGUUGUUUUGAGCCAUUCAUCUAGGUCAUCCAGUGGGGGUACACGUCUCUCUUCUGGAUUAAGUGCAUUAUCUCAGCCUUUUAAGUUGCGCCUUUGUAGAGCCCAAGGAGAAAAAUCCCUUCGAGAUUAUUCAUCAAAUGUUGUGCUUAUUGAUCCAUUAGCAAGUUUAGCAGCUGUUGAAGAGUUCCUUUGGCCACGCGUUCAGCGAAGUGACUCUGGUCUGAAGCCCUCAGCAUCUGCUGGAAAUUCUGAAUCCGGAACCACACCUAGUGGAGCUGGUGGUUCAUCUCCAUCUCUGUCAACUCCUGCGACAACAACUCGCCGCCACUCCGCAAGAUCCAGAUCAUCUGUUAAUAUAGGAGAAGUUGCCAAAAAGGAACAGUUACAGGAUAAGAGCACUAAUUCUUCAAAGGGAAAAGGUAAAGCUGUCUUGAAGGCUGCUCAAGAGGAGACAAGAGGACCUCAAACAAGAAAUGCUGCUCGCAGAAGAGCUGCCCUAGAUAAAGAUGCACAAAUGAAACCAGUGAAUGGGGACUCUACUUCCGAGGAUGAAGAAUUGGAUAUGUCUCCUGUUGAAAUUGAUGAUGCAUUGGUGAUUGAAGAUGAUGAUAUCUCAGAUGAUGAAGAUGGUGAUCAUGAGGAUGUGCUUAGGGAUGAUUCCCUUCCUGUUUGCAUGACUGAAAAAGUACAUGAUGUGAAAUUGGGAGAUUUAGCCGAAGAUGGUACAGCUGCCCCGGCAACAAGUGAUAGCCAAACAAACGCAGCUUCUGGAUCUAGUAGCAGAGCUGCUACAGCUAGGGGCUCAGAUUCUGCUGAUUUUAGGAGUGGUAAUUCCUAUCCUUCAAGGGGUGCGAUGUCAUUUGCUGCUGCUGCUAUGGCUGGGCUUGGAUCUGUCAAUGGUAGAGGUAUCAGAGGAGGGAGAGAUCGACAAGGGCGUCCUUUGUUUGGUAGUUCUAGUGAGCCUCCAAAAUUGAUCUUUACUGUGGGUGGUAAGCAGCUCAACAGGCAUUUGACCAUCUAUCAGGCCAUUCAGCGUCAGCUUGUUCUUGAUGAUGAGGAUGAUGAGAGGUAUGGUGGUAGUGAUCUUAUUUCUAGUGAUGGAAGCAGGCUUUGGGGCGACGUCUAUACUAUCACAUACCAGAAGGCAGACAGCCAACCUGACCGAUCAACUGUUGGAGGAUCAAGUUCUGCAUCUAAAUCCACUAAAUCUGGCUCUUCCAAUUCCAACUCUGAAGUCCAAACUCAAAGAAUGUCACUUUUAGAUAGCAUCUUGCAAGGGGAACUUCCUUGUGAUCUUGAAAAAUCAAAUCCUACCUAUAAUAUCUUGGCACUGUUGCGUGUAUUAGAGGGUUUGAACCAGGUUGCCCCUCGUUUAAGAGCCCAGAUAGUCUCUGACAGUUUUGCUGAUGGGAGAAUAUCAAAUUUUGAUGAGUUGAGUACCAGUGGUGCUAGAGUUCCUCUUGAGGAGUUUAUUAACGGCAAGCUAACUCCAAAAUUAGCUCGUCAGAUUCAGGAUGCUCUUGCUCUCUGCAGUGGGAGUCUCCCUUCCUGGUGCUACCAGUUGACAAAAGCAUGUCCCUUCUUGUUUCCUUUUGAGACACGGAGACAGUACUUCUAUUCAACUGCCUUUGGGUUGUCUCGUGCACUGUAUCGUCUCCAACAGCAGCAGGGUGCUGAUGGCCAUGGAUCAGCAAAUGAAAGAGAGGUGAGGGUUGGGAGAUUACAGCGCCAGAAAGUUCGUGUCUCCCGUAACCGCAUAUUAGAUUCUGCUGCAAAAGUAAUGGAGAUGUACUCUAGCCAAAAAGCGGUGCUUGAAGUAGAAUAUUUUGGAGAAGUUGGAACUGGAUUGGGUCCAACUUUGGAGUUCUAUACACUUUUAAGUCAUGAACUGCAAAAAGUUGGACUUGGAAUGUGGAGAUCAAAUUCUACAUCUGAAAAACAUUCCAUGGAAAUUGAUGGAGAUGAAGACAAAAGUGGAAAAACUGCUAGUUCUGCUACAAGUGAUGGAGAGAUAGUCCAAGCUCCUCUUGGAUUGUUUCCUCGACCCUGGCCACCAAGUGCUGAUGCUUCUGAAGGAAGCCCUUUCUAUAAAGUGAUUGAGUAUUUCCGGCUUGUUGGGCGUGUCAUGGCAAAAGCUCUUCAAGAUGGACGGCUUUUGGACCUGCCUCUGUCCACAGCCUUCUAUAAACUUGUUCUUGGUCAGGAGCUAGAUUUACAUGAUAUUUUGUCUCUUGAUCCGGAAUUCGGCAAGAUUUUGCAAGAGCUACAUCUUCUUGUUCUUCGGAAGCAAUAUCUAGAAUCAUUGGGUGGUGACAAUAGUGAUGCAAUUUCUGAACUGAGUUUCCGUGGGGCCCCAGUUGAGGAUCUUAGUUUGGACUUUACACUCCCAGGCUAUCCAGACUACAUUUUGAAACCAAGAGAAGAAACUGUUAAUAUCCACAAUUUAGAGGAGUAUAUAUCCUUGGUAGUUGAUGCAACUGUGAAGACAGGAAUCCUGCGUCAAAUGGAAGCAUUUAGAGCAGGAUUCAAUCAGGUUUUUGACAUUACAUCACUCCAAAUAUUUACUCCUCAAGAAUUGGACUAUUUACUUUGUGGACGUAGAGAGUUGUGGGAGGCUGAGACACUUGCUGAACAUAUAAAAUUUGAUCAUGGAUAUACUGCCAAGAGCCCAGCAAUUCUUAAUUUACUUGAGAUAAUGGGAGAAUUUACACCAGAGCAGCAGCGAGCAUUCUGCCAAUUCGUCACUGGAGCACCUAGGCUCCCACCUGGUGGUCUGGCAGUGUUGAAUCCAAAACUGACCAUUGUUAGGAAGCAUUCUUCUACUGCAAGUAACACAGCUUCCAAUGCAAAUGGACCUUCGGAACCUGCAGAUGAUGAUUUGCCUAGUGUAAUGACUUGUGCCAACUAUCUUAAGCUUCCUCCAUAUUCUACCAAGGAAAUAAUGUACAAGAAACUACUAUAUGCAAUCAGUGAAGGGCAGGGAUCUUUUGAUUUGUCAUGAGUUCUCAAAACUAACCAAUUGACCAGUGUAUAUUAUAGAACAAGACACAGUCAGGGUCAAUUCUUUUCACCUGGGAUUAUUUUUAAUGUUUGAAAGUAGCACCUUUUUCCUUAAAUAAUGGCUCUUCAGUACCGUUAACAUGGUUAGAAUUUUGAAGGUUGAGCUUUGGCUGCGUAGGGGGUUCUGGAAGAGGGGUUUUGAAGCAUUGUUGCAGCCGUUAUGAAUUUUGUAUAUACAUAGGAAUUUUGUUCUUCCUUUUUGGUUGGAAAAUUAUACAAUGUAUGGUUUAAAUGCUGAAAGGGAAAUGAAUAAAUCAUGAAAUUCCUU